CAUGGUGAACAGCUAUAAUUCAUUGUCCAUCUUCAAACAUGUAUCUGAGAAGUGGCCUUUGCGAUGUGCGAAGACUAAAAGCUAAGAAUAUCAAAGUCGGCCUUGGAACAGAUGUUGCAGGUGGAUCAAGUUACAGUAUGUUAGAUGAAAUGAGAUCGGUUUUACAUGUAUCAAUUUGUCUAUCUCUAAUGAAACAUGAUCAUGUACCAUUUAAUUACAAAGAAGUCUUCCAUAUGGCAACAUUAGGAGGUGCUAAAGCACUUUCGAUUGACGACAAAGUCGGUAACCUAAUGCCAGGCAAAGAUUUUGAUGCUCUCAUCAUAAAUUUGAAUGCAAAAAACAGCCUGUUGGAUAAUUUCAAAGAAUACACACUUGAGGAAAAACUCCAAAGAUUUAUAUAUUCCGGUGAUGAUCGUAAUAUAGUAUCAGUUUAUGUUAGAGGUAGAAAAGUUAAAUAAGAAAAAGUCUUAUUUUUACACUACAGAUGCAUUGUUAAAUAACAUUUCAUAAUGGAAAUAAGUUGUUGAAGGAUUUAUAUAAAACUACUUCUAUUUUUGUAUGUUAUAUACGAAUUUAUAAAUGAUAUUUUGUAAUAUUGAUUAAAAUUAAACUAUAAA